AUGACGUUCUACACAGGCGCUGGCCGGCGCGGUGGAUACGUACCUGGCCGUGACCCAAUGGUUGACGAAGUGAUGCGAGGAUGGCAACAAAGGUGGGAUUCACCAUCACUUUUUUUUUGGUCUGCAUAAAA